AUGCAAGUGGAAGAAAAGAUUGCGGCACCUGCCGAUGGCGGGCAGGACUACAAGAAGCCCGAUGGCCACUACGCUUCUUCCCCCGAUGGCGAGCCGGUGAUACUGGGCAAGAAGAGUCCAGGUGUGUUACGUGUCGAGGUCAUUUCGUCGCAUAUGACGUUUAUAGACCGCAUCAUCCUCUUCGUCGGCAUCUUUAUUCUUGCUUAUGCGUACGGUCUGGAUGGAACACUACGGUUUACUUUCCAGACAUAUGCGACUGCUUCGUAUAGCUCGCACAGUCUGCUAGCUACCGUCAAUGUCUUGCGUGCCGUCAUUGCGGCUGCUGCCCAGCCCACCGCCGCUAAGAUGGCUGAUGUCUUUGGUAGAGCGGAAGUCAUCCUGUUCACCAUCGUGUUCUACGUUAUUGGAACCAUCGUUGAGGCUACUUCGGACGGCGUCAAGGCGUUCUGUGCCGGCGCAGUGUUGUACCAGAUUGGCUAUACUUCGAUCUUGCUUCUGGUUGAAGUCCUCAUUGCAGACGUUACUUCUCUUCAAACCCGUCUAUUCUUCUCCUACAUCCCAGCCACGCCAUUCCUUAUCAACACCUGGGUCAGCGGAGACAUCACCAACGCCAUCAUCACCCACUCAACAUGGCAAUGGGGUAUCGGCAUGUGGGCCAUCAUCUACCCCGUCUGCGCCAUACCAGCCAUAACAAUCCUAUACAUCGUCCAGCGUCGAGCAAAGAAAGCCGGUGCUCUAGACAGCUACAAGACCCCCUUCCAAAUCUACGGAGGCAAGAAGAUCGUCACCGCUAUGUUCUGGCAACUUGACAUCAUCGGAGUCAUCCUGCUUCUGGGCGUGUUUGCCCUGAUUCUCGUCCCCUUCACCAUCGCAGGUGGUCUAGAGACAAAAUGGAAGACCGCAAAAGUCAUUGCGCCGCUUGUCAUCGGUGUCCUGCUUAUCCCCGUCUGGCUUUACUGGGAAUCUACCUGUUUGCAUCCCAUGGUUCCUUUCAGACUCCUUAAAGACCGAGGUGUAUGGGGCGCACUUGGAAUCGCCAUCAUGCUUAACACGGCAUGGUACAUGCAGGGUGACUUCCUUUACACUGUGCUGAUCAUUGCGUUCAACGAAUCCAUCAAGAGCGCUACUCGAAUCACAUCUGUCUACAGCUUUGCUUCUGUCCUCACGGGUGUAGUCAUGGGUGUCUUCGUAUACUUCUUCCGACGUCUCAAGUUCGUCAUCAUCGCUGGAACGUUGCUUUUCCUGGUUGCCUUUGGUUUGUUGAUUCACUACCGUGGUGGAUCAGGCUACUCGAGCCACGCCGGUGUCAUCGGUGCUCAAGUCUUGCUUGGAAUCGCCGGCGGUAUGUUCCCAUAUCCUGCUCAAACAUCCAUUCAAGCCGCAACCAAGCACGAACACGUCGCUGCUAUCACCGGUCUAUUCCUAGCAUCAUACAACAUUGGCUCAGCGCUAGGAAACACCAUCUCAGGCUCGAUCUGGACCCAAGUCCUUCCCCAGGCUCUGAUGGACCGUAUAUCCAACCAGACCCUCGCGGGAGAGAUAUACAAGGACCCAUUCACCUUUACCACCGCCAACCCCAUCGGUACGCCCGACAGAGACCAUGCAGUCGAAGCAUACAAGCAUGUCCAGCGCUUGCUGUGUAUUGGUGGAAUAUGUCUGUCAGUGCUCCUGAUUGCGUUCUCGCUUGUGUUGCGUGAUCCUGUGCUUGGAAAGGAGCAGAGUCUUGGGUAUGCCGACAAGGAUUCUGAUGACGAGAGCUCGAAUGCCGACACUACUGUUAAAGUAUAG